AAAAUCACUUUUCAAUCUUACUUAUUAUUUCUCACUCCUUUCCUACUCACUCUUUUCCUUACCACUUAGCACAGAAAAAAAAAAUGACACAUUCCCGCAGAGGUAGCUUCUACUCCUCCACCACCGUCACAUACACUUUCCACAAUGACCAACCUACCCCUCCCUCCCAAUCAAACUCCACAACCACCGCCGCACCCGUCGACUCUACAGAAGCUCCCAUCCCAAUCACCGUCCACCUCCCACAACCAGCCCACCCCAAUUCCGCAGCCGCAGCCGCCAAGAUUCAAUCCGCUUACCGUGCCCACAGGAUCCGAACCCUCCACAGAACGAUCUCGUCCGUCGAUUCGGCAGCCGACGAACUCCAACGCGUAAUCCAACGGCAGGACACAGUGGAUGCCGUCAGGAGAGACGAGCGCGAGAAGCUGAGGAUGAACGAGGCCCUGAUGGCUCUUCUACUGAGGCUGGACUCGGUGCCGGGGUGGGACCCAACUGUGCGGGAGGCGAGGAAGAAGGUGAGCCGUCGGAUUGUGGGGAUGCAGGAGAUACUUGACGCGAUUACAGAGUCGAAGGUGGAAGAUGGGCAGUCAUACUUUUGGGGGUACGACGGGUUUGCGAGGAACUGGGACGAAGUACUGGCGGAGAUGGAGGAGGACGUUUGCAAGAGCACUGGAGGCGAUGAAUUGGAGAGGUUCUGUGCUGAGCAUCUUGGGUUUCGGUGCCUCCAGAGGUUUCUGCGCGAACCCUGACUAGAUCUUGAUCCUCUGUGUUACAACCUACUGAUUUUAGUUUACGUGGCAGCUUUUGUCGUCAACACGUAUAUUAAAAUGUUUUUAAGGCUGUUGCACACUUGAACCGUACUUAAAAAAUCUCUACCAUCCAUCCAAAUUCUCCUUUAACUGUAUAUAAGUGGUAUUUUAAUUUUACAGAGGAGUUGCUAGAAUAGGAGGGUUCCCUUUUUUUUGUUCUUUUUUCUCUGUUUAAAUGUCUGUACUCUUCGGACAACAAAUCUUGAGUUUCCGGGUCUAAAUGCAUUUAUGUCUUUUAAA